UGCCCAGACAAUUCCAUCUGUGCAGGCUGCUACCAUAGCAGUACUUUACUCUUUGUUCAGAGUGGCAGGGAAUCAGCCAGUGGCUGGGCUGCAGAGUCCUGCUGCUUGUGUGUGCAAUGUGUUAUAUGAGGAGCACUGGGUUUUCAGAUGACAGGUGGAUUGCUAAGGUCUCAACCUGUUCAUUCCCAUUUUCCUCUGUGCUGGAGUCUAUGCACUUGUGUGUUGAUUAGCAACCUUGCUAUGUAUGGCGCUCGAUCUAUGGUUUGCCAGUGAAGCAAGAGAAUGACAGAGGAUUCAGGCAUAUACCAAGAAUUUCAUAUUACUGCUGUACCCUGACCCAAGUCUCUCUUCUUUACCUCAAACUUUGGCUUGUCUGGAAUAUCUGUGGGGAGACUUCUUUCAGUAGCACUGUAGAUCUCAGAUCACCUUCAUCUUUACUAUUUAUCACUGCAGUGAUACACAGAGGCUGUGAUCAGGGUUUUGGAUUCCCAGGUACCAGGUGUUGCACAAACAUAUAGCAAAAAGAAGCCCCUGCCUCAAAAAACUUAUAGCCUAAGUAUAAUUGAAACUUCUGUCUCAGAGCCCUCCUGGUUCAAAUUAAAUCACAGUCCCCCAGCAUCCCAGAAUGCUUUCCAGCCCUGGGCUGGGCUGGGCUGUGCUGUCUGCCUGCUUCAGAAAGCAGGGCUGGCCCCACUCCUCUGCUCCCUAGCUGGAGCAGUGAGAGCUGGCUGACAAGUAGGGUGGAGCCUGGCUGGGGAUGUAGCCUAGUCUGCAUGGAGCGGACUACACCCCCCAGGCAAACCCCAGCUUGGGUCCAGGGCCAGGGAGGGGGGUUAAACACCCCUUCCCCUGUUCAAACUCACUGCUGGCUGCAACAGUGGACUACAAAUCUCAGAGGCACCUGAAAGCACAUAGAGGAAGUGAUUAGCAAACCUGCAGAGUCCUGCUGCUGUAAUUCUGGACUGCAAAUUCCAGAGACCUCCAGGGCAGCAGGAAGAGGAAGUGAAUGCACAGCCAGAGAGCCCAGCUCUAGCACCUCCAGGAUUCUGGCCUGAGCCACUGCAGGUAUGUGGCUACAUUUCCUGUAUCAAAAGUAAAUGUCUGUUCACUUCUGUUUCAGUGUAAUCUGUGGAGUUUAGAGUAACCUGCAAAGACUGAAUCGAUUCAGCUUUUUGACUGUCUGUACCUAGCCCAGAUGUCUGAAUUAGUGGAGUUGCAGCUGUUUCUCCUUCCCUACCAUAAUGUUUUUUCUAUUCCACUGUGAUCAAUCAUUUUAGCACAAUAAAUAAAGGAAAUAAAAGAAUUAAAGUCAAAGAUGGAAAAUCCCUCCAGAUGGGCUCUUGUAUACAAAGAGAGAUGCUGCUUCUGUAGCAACACAUCAGCCACCCAAAGCCUUUCCCCCACUCCAACAUCCUCCCCCCACCUCAUUUGAAUCCCUCCUUGUAUUUAUUUGAGCACCGUGGUACACAGUGUUGCAGCUUGCUGAAAUAUAAACUCAGGAGGAGCCCAGGGUCUGGAGAGAAGCUUUGUUACUCUUGGUAGGUUCUGAUGGCUAUGGGUUUAUUUUUCUUUCCUAGUCAGCAUCUGGACUGAUACAGAGGAGAGUAAACUGCAGUGGAUGGAUGCCACUAAGAAGCAAAGUCUUCUGCUCAACUGAAACCUACUAAUUUGGGCUUAGAAGCAGUAUCCCUCUAUGGGUGUGGCCGUGCCACUCUCUGCAAUGAGCCCUCCCGCCUGGUGGCUGCUCUGCAGAUUUAUAGGAACUGCCAUUCUUCCUUUGAAUGAGUUGUUUCAAAAUUGCCUGGAUCUUCCUCACAGACGAUUUGGCCAUCAGGGUGCCAAGCACGACAACAUGCAAGCAGUGGUAUAGCCCACAAGUGGUUCUUUUUAUAAAGACUUUCCCAGCCCUGGGACACCAAGCUGAGCUUCUCAAGUGGAUGAGUGCCUCAGGGGUACAUUCAACGUUCCUCUGUUAACUUCGUUUGAUUAUUUUCACUCCUGAAGGGAGUAUGGGAACAUGUAGUAUUGUUUAUGUGCAUGAAUUUAAUCUGUCUUUAGCCUAUGCCAUAGUUUCUCUUGAAACUUUCAGAGCACCCAAUUAAGCUAGGGAAGUGCAGUAUUAUUAUACCCAUUUUAUAUAUGGGUAAACUGAGACACAGGGAGAGUAAGGUCCUACAUUCCCAGUAGCAGAGACAGGAACAGAAUCCAAGCUUGGCUACUCCCUGUCCUGAUCAAAUCAAUAGGCUGGGGUAUUAUAACAUUCUGCAUUAUAGGCCUGCCAGGAUUGAAGCUUUAUUAUGCUGGGUGCUGCUUGUAGAAAUAGUGAGAGACAGUUAUUGCCCUGAAGAUCUUUCUAGUUUAAAUAGACAGCACAAACAGCGUGGGAAAAGGAAGCAGUCUAGGAUAUGACAAUUUAUCCCGGGGCAAAAGAAAGUGGGGCUUUACCGCAUAACAGUUGUUUCAUGGUAACUGCCCAUGUGUGUGCUCUUACUGUAUUGUAUGUAGAAGAAACCCACAGUUUUAGCCCUUGAUAAAAUCGCAGUAAAUUGCAAUGGUUUAUCUAUUUAUUGUGGGCUAAGAGCAGACUCAUAGGCAGCUACUGCAGAAUAACUAAUGUGCAGUAAAGCCCCUCUCCACUAUACCCCAUCAUGCUAAGUUGUUCAUAUGUCCAUGCUGUCAGAGUGAGGAAAUGAAUUCCCACAGAGCAGAUCAGUGGCAGAGCCAUAUUUAGAACUCAGUUCUCUCUCUACUUCCCUAUCCGCUGGACUCUUUGGAUUGAUACAAAUUAUUUUGAAAGCUCCCUUCAGCAGCCACCUCCCUUCAGAUAACCGUUAAUAGGUUUUUUUAAGAGUACACAUUUUUCUGUAAUACCACCAUGGGCUGCCGAGCUCAUAAAAGCUCUUUCUUUAAAUCUUUCUUUUACAACAGCAGCGGCUGCUGGUAACAUGAUCACCCUUUACAGCCUGCCUAAUCUGUGUAAUAUAUGUCUCAGUAAUUGCCUGAGGCUUUCUUCUCCUUGGUGGGCAUUAUACAGAGUUAAUGCCCACCUGGUGGGGAGGAGAGGGGUCAUCUGGCCUCCUCAGCACCGGAGACAGUUGUUCCACAACAUGCUUGUAGCACCAUGGCGAUGUGGAAAUAAACCAGCGUUCCAGAACCUACACUUACAUCAUUGCCUUGGCAGGCAGCGGACCAAUCGGAGCUGGAGCUGCUGUUAAUGUUCAAAAGAGUGCAAAAAAAAAGAACUCCGAGACAAGUUCAAGGAGGAUCUGGGUGGUUGUUUUAAACUUAAUUUUAGGCACUUAAUCCUUGGCUAAAUUGAAGCCACAGCAACACAAGUCAUCAGUCAGAAUCAACCAGUAAUGUCAAGCCCUUCUAACCUCUCAUGUACCUUUCCUGAACGGCUGUUUUGAUUUUGGAAAUGUUGAGGUGAUGUUGUUGCCAUUACGGUACAGGAAAUAUGUGAGAGGCAAGAGUUCUUGUGGGUGAAAUCUUUUAUUGGACCAACUGCAUGGUUGGGGUAGACACAGGCAAUUUUGGGUAUCACAGUACCUUUGCAGAAAGGUAUUUGGGUAUCUCAGUACCUUUCUUCAGGCCACAGGGAAAGAAUUAGACAUAGCAGAGAUAAGCAGCAGAUGUAACAAUAGCUUGUGUAAAACUCCAUAAAUAAACCAAAAUAGGAUAUAAGAGAAAGUAUUAGGCAACCAAUAGGCAGGAGAAAUGCAGUAAACAACACCUGAUAUAGGAGGAAGAAGAUUGGUCAGGUUGGUUGUUAUUACCAGUAAAGUGCAGAGGUUAACUAUUAUGAGGUAGAUUAUAAUGGGCCAUGAAGUCAUUGGCUAUGCCAGGUCUAUUGUUCAUGUCUUGACUUUGUCACUCUGCCCCUUAGGUUCAUUGGGCCACAACCCCACUGGCAAGAAGCUUGUGCUUGUUUUCUUUCUUUAAUUAGUUAGUUAUUGGUAUAUAUUUGAAGGGUACCAGCUGUCAAGGGAAGCUAGAAAGACUCCCCGCAGCAUCCCCCAAUGGAGAUUUCCAGGGCUAAAAGCAAAACCAUCACUUUUGGAAAUGGUGGGUGUAGACCCUCAGCCACAGAAGCAUCAGGAGUCAAGCGGUUCCCGCCAAUCAGUUCAAAAAUCAAGGGUCCAGGGCCUGCAAAAUAUGCCAGGAAGCCUUGCACUGGCUUCAUGAAUCAUGACUUCACCAUGUUUGCAGAACCAGCCUACACAAUGCAUAUAAAACACACAGGAAAAACCUUGACUGACGUGGUCAGCCCUGGUCCCUGUUACUUUGUAGACCCCCAUGUCUCCCGAUUUGGGAAGCAGAAGAUACCACUAUCAGUCAUAUUUGACCGAGAAAGGGAGCCAAAGCCAUCAGGAGUGCCAGCCCCAAAUGCCUACUACAGAGAGAACGUGCACCCGCCAGGAGAGCCUCAUGCACCAGCCUACUCCUUGGGUGUCUACACUUGUUACCAUAAGUAUGACCCCAACCCAGCUCCCAACAGGUAUAACCAUACAAACGUGUUGGGACCUAAGCUCCCUGUCAAGUCAUCUGCCCCCUGCUACAGCAUGGCCUCCAGACUGGACUCAGGGGGCUAUGCAGAGGACCUCGCUACAGGUCCUGGCCCAGCCUUUGUCAGUAGGCCUGAACCCAAUGUCUACCUGAACCGGCAGCCUGCCUACAGCAUGAGAGAAAAAUAUGAGCCCUACAGAGAGCGCCUGCCUGGACCUGCAGACUACAAAGCGGAACACGUCACCAUUACCAAGCUCAGGGCCCCAGACUUCAGCUUUGGGAUCCGACACUCCAACUACCUCACACCCUUGAUUGUUGACGUAAAGGAGUGAUCCAGAGCAGUGGCUGGGCCUGUGGGACUCUGAGCCCCAGAGCUGUUUUGCACAUAGGACACCAGUGCAUAUUGCAGCACAUUAACCCCAUGACCGUAGCGCCUGUGGGACCUGAUUCAAGACCCAAUGAAGUUAAUGGAACCUGCUGGAAAGAUUCCUAUGGAUUGUGUUCUUCACUGGACACAUCUCUAUUGCUGGCCUUGUAAUUCACAGCAUGAUAUGACUGUGCUUGCCCGUAGUUAAGUCCCCUUAGCUCUCGCUGAAUAGUUUGCUCCUUCCUGUUAGCUUAAAAAUAAAUCAAUGAAACCUU